CCAAAGCUGGCUGCGCUGGCCACAGCCUGCCUACUGUCACACGCUCUCCUCUCCGGCGCAGAUACACACCCGCCUCUCCGCACAAAGACAGCUCGGGGUGGGGUGACCCUGGGGGGCAGCGCACGUGGGAGCCCUGCUGCUGCUCACAUCCAGGUACUUAUUCCAUGGUGCUGGUUCAUUCAAGGACCUACGUCUUUCCAACUCCGGAAAGAAGAGAAUUCCUUCAAGAAGAUCAGGAACAACUGAUUUGGAUUCAACUCUGUGCUUCUGAAUCCCCAAUUCUGCCUGAGAGUGCGACAGCCUAGGACCUUUGAACCUCAGAAAUAUCCAGCCAACCCCACCUCCACCAUGGGGGCUGUGACUCAGCUAUUGGCGGGCAUCUGCCUAGCUUUGCUCGCAAUCCCUACCGAAGGCGGGGUUCUCAAGAAAUUCAUUCGGCACAAGCGACAGAGCGGGGUGAACGUCACCCUAUCGGAGGAAAACCAGCCAGUGGUGUUUAACCACAUCUACAACAUCAAGCUGCCUGUAGGGUCCCAGUGCUCCGUGGAUCUGGAAUCAGCCAGUGGGGAGAAAGACCUGGCUCCACCCUCGGAGCCCAGUGAAAGCUUCCAGGAGCACACCAUGGAUGGGGGAAACCAGAUCGUCUUCACACACCGAAUCAACAUCCCCCGCCGGGCCUGUGGUUGUGCCCCUGCCCCUGACAUCAAGGAGCUUCUGAGCAGACUGGAGGAGCUGGAGAACCUGGUAUCCUCCCUGCGGGAACAGUGCACCACAGGAGCAGGCUGCUGUCUCCAGCCUGCCGAAGGCCGCCUGGACACCAGGCCCUUUUGCAGUGGCCGGGGCAACUUCAGCACGGAGGGGUGCGGCUGUGUUUGUGAACCUGGCUGGAAAGGCCCCAACUGCUCGGAGCCCGAAUGUCCCAGCAACUGUCACCUGCAAGGCCAGUGCCUCGAUGGACAGUGCAUCUGCGACGAGGGCUUCAUUGGAGAGGACUGCAGCCAGCUGGCCUGUCCCAGCGACUGCAAUGACCAGGGCAAGUGCGUGAACGGGGUCUGCGUCUGUUUUGAAGGCUACGCCGGGGCUGACUGCAGCCAGGAGGUCUGCCCAGUGCCCUGCAGCGAGGAGCACGGCCGGUGCGUGGACGGCCGAUGUGUGUGCCACGACGGCUUUGCCGGCGAUGACUGCAAAGAGCCGCUGUGCCUCAACAACUGCUACAACCGCGGACGGUGCGUGGAGAACGAGUGUGUGUGCGACGAGGGCUUCACGGGCGAAGACUGCAGCGAGCUCAUCUGCCCCAACGACUGUUUCGACCGUGGCCGCUGUGUCAAUGGCACCUGCUACUGCGAAGAAGGCUUCACAGGAGAAGACUGUGGCCAACUCACCUGCCCAAAUGCCUGCAACGGCCAGGGCCGGUGUGAGGAGGGCCAGUGCGUGUGCGACGAGGGCUUUGCCGGUGUGGACUGCAGCGAGAAGAGGUGUCCCGCCGAUUGUCACAACCAUGGCCGCUGCACCGACGGGCAGUGUGAGUGUGACGAUGGCUUCACGGGAACUGAUUGCAGUGAGCUCAAAUGUCCCAAGGGCUGUAGCGGCCGCGGCCACUGUGUCAACGGGCAAUGCGUGUGUGACGACGGCUAUACUGGGGAGGACUGCAGCCAGCUGCGGUGCCCCAAUGACUGUCACAGCCGGGGCCGCUGCAUCAAGGGGAAGUGUGUGUGCGAACAAGGCUUCCAGGGCUACGACUGCAGUGAAAUGAGCUGUCCCAAUGACUGUCACCAGCACGGCCGCUGCGUAAAUGGCAUGUGUGUCUGUGACGAUGGCUACAUGGGUGAAGACUGCAGGGAUCUGCGGUGCCCCAAGGACUGCAGCCACCGGGGCCGCUGUGUGGACGGGCAGUGCGUGUGUGAGGACAGCUUCACCGGCCCCGACUGCGCGGAGCUCUCCUGUCCCAGCGACUGCAACGGCCAGGGCCGCUGUGUGAACGGUCAGUGUGUGUGCCAUGAAGGCUUCAUGGGCAAAGAGUGCAAGGAACGAAGGUGUCCCAAUGACUGUAAUGGCCGGGGCCGCUGCGUGGACGGUCAAUGCAUCUGCCAUGAGGGCUUCAUGGGCCUGGACUGUGGGCAGCGCUCCUGCCCCCAUGACUGCAGUAACUGGGGACAGUGUGUCGCCGGCCGCUGCAUCUGCAAUGAGGGCUACACCGGGGAAGACUGCUCCGAGGUGUCCCCUCCCAAAGACCUCAUUGUGACAGAGGUGACAGAACAGACUGUGAACCUGGCCUGGGACAAUGAGAUGCGGGUCACGGAGUACCUCGUCAUGUACACGCCCACCCACCAGGACGGCCUGGAGAUGCAGUUCCGCGUCCCCGGGGACCAGACGUCUGCUACCAUCCGGGAGUUGGAGCCGGGCGUGGAGUACUUUAUCCGUGUGUUCGCCAUCCUGGAGAAUAAGAAGAGCAUUCCUGUCAGCGCCAGGGUGGCCACUUACUUGCCUGCACCAGAAGGCCUAAAAUUCAAGUCCAUCAAGGAGACAUCUGUGGAAGUGGAGUGGGAUCCUCUGGAGAUCGCUUUUGAAACAUGGGAAAUCAUCUUCCGGAAUAUGAACAAAGAAGAUGAGGAAGAGAUCACCAAAAGCCUGCGGAGGCCAGAGACCACGUACCGGCAGACUGGCCUAGCUCCUGGGCAAGAAUAUGAGAUCUCUCUGCACAUCGUGAAAAACAACACUCGGGGCCCAAGCCUGAAGAGGGUGACAACCACCCGGUUGGAUGCCCCCAGCCAGAUCGAGGUGAAAGAUGUCACAGACACCACUGCUCUGGUCACCUGGUUCAAGCCACUGGCGGAGAUUGACGGCAUAGAACUCUCCUACGGGAUCAAAGAUGUGCCUGGCGACCGCACCACCAUCGAUCUCACACAUGACGAGAACCAGUACUCCAUUGGGAACCUGAAGCCAGACACCGAGUAUGAAGUGUCUCUCAUCUCCCGCAGGGGCGACAUGUCCAGCAACCCUGCAAAAGAGACCUUCACAACAGGCCUGGACGCUCCCAGGAAUCUUCGUCGCGUCUCCCAGACAGACACCAGCAUCACCCUGGAGUGGAGGAAUGGCAAAGCGGCCAUCGACACUUACAGAAUUAAGUACGCGCCCAUCUCCGGAGCUGACCACGCCGAGGUCGAAGUCCCAAGGAGCCAACAAGCCACAACCAAGACCACACUCACAGGUCUGAGGCCAGGAACUGAAUAUGGCAUUGGAGUGUCUGCUGUGAAGGGAGACAAGGAGAGCCAUCCAGCCACCAUCAAUGCGGCCACAGAAAUGGACGCACCCAAGGACCUUCGGGUUUCUGCAACUACGGAGACCACCCUGACCCUGCUCUGGAAGUCCCCGCUGGCCAAGUUUGACCAUUACCGCCUCAACUACAGCCUUUCCUCAGGCCAGACAGCAGAGAUGCAGCUUCCCAGAGACACCACCUCCUAUGUCCUGAGAGGCCUGGAACCUGGGCAGGACUACACCAUCCUGCUGAGAGCAGAGAAGGGCAGGCACAAGAGCAAGGCGGCGCGUGUAAAGGCUUCCACAGAGCACACCCCUGAACUGGAAAACCUCACCGUGACCCAGGUUGGCUGGGAUGGCCUCAAACUCAACUGGACCGCAGCCGACCAGGCCUACGAGCACUUUGUCAUUCAGGUGCAGGAGGCCAAUGGGGUGGAGGCGGCUCAGAACCUCACGGUGCCCGGCAGCCUGCGGGCUGUGGACAUCCCGGGCCUCCAGGCGGCCACCCCUUAUAGAGUCACCAUCUACGGGGUGAUCCAGGGCUAUAGAACACCCGUGCUCUCUGCUGAGGCCUCCACAGGGGAAAUUCCCAAUUUGGGAGAGGUCACCGUGUCAGAGUUGGGGUGGAAUGCCCUGAAGCUCAACUGGACUGCUCCAGAAGGAGCCUAUGAGCGGUUUUUUAUUCAGGUGCAGGAGAGAGACACAGCAGAGGCAGCCCAGAACCUCACAGUCCCAGGAGGACUGAGGUCUGUGGACCUGCCUGGGCUCAAAGCAGGCACUCAUUAUAGUGUCACCAUCCGCGGGGUCACUCGGGACUUCAUCACAACCCCUCUCUCUGUUGAAGUCUUGACAGAGGAGAUUCCAGAUCUGGGAAACAUCACAGUGACUGAGGUUAGCUGGGACGCGCUCAGACUGGACUGGACCACCCCAGAUGGGAUCUAUGAGCAGUUUGUCAUUGAGGUCCAAGAGGCUGGCCAGGCCAAGGAAGUUCACAGUCUCACUGUUCCUGGCAGUCUGCGCUCCGUGGAAAUCCCAGGCCUCAGGGCUGGUACCCGUUACACAGUCACUCUGCAUGGCGAGGUCAGGGGCCGUAGGACUCGACCCCUUGCUGUGGAGGUCAUCACAGAGGAGCUCCCCCAGCUGGGAGACUUAGCUGUGACCCAGGUUGGCUGGGAUGGCCUCAAACUCAACUGGACCGCAGCCGACCAGGCCUACGAGCACUUUGUCAUUCAGGUGCAGGAGGCCAAUGGGGUGGAGGCGGCUCAGAACCUCACGGUGCCCGGCAGCCUGCGGGCUGUGGACAUCCCGGGCCUCCAGGCGGCCACCCCUUAUAGAGUCACCAUCUACGGGGUGAUCCAGGGCUAUAGAACACCCGUGCUCUCUGCUGAGGCCUCCACAGCCAGAGAACCUGAAAUUGGAAACUUAAAUGUUUCCGACAUAACCCCUGAGAGCUUCAAUCUCUCCUGGACAGCUACUGAUGGAGCCUUCGAGAGCUUUACCAUUGAAAUUAUUGAUUCCAAUAGGUUUGUGGAGAUGAUGAAAUACAAACUGUCUGGUGCUGAACGAACUGCCCACAUCUCAGGGCUACGCCCUAGUAAUGAUUUUAUUGUCUACCUCUCUGGACUCGCUCCCAGCAUCCGGACCCAAACCAUCAAUGUCACAGCGACCACAGAGGCCCUGCCCCUUCUGGAAAACCUAACCAUUUCCGACAUUAAUCCCUACGGGUUCACAGUUUCCUGGAUGGCAUCGGAGAAUGCCUUUGACAGCUUCCUAGUAACGGUGGUGGAUUCAGGGAAGCUGCUCGACCCCCAAGAAUUCACCCUUUCAGGAACCCAGAGGAAGCUGGAGCUUAGAGGCCUCAUAACUGGCAUUGGCUAUGAGGUUAUGGUGUCUGGCUUCACUCAAGGGCACCAAACCAAGCCCUUGAGGGCUGAGAUUGUUACAGAAGCUGAGCCAGAAGUUGACAACCUUCUAGUUUCAGAUGCCACCCCAGACGGUUUCCGUCUGUCCUGGACUGCUGAUGAAGGGGUCUUCGACAGUUUUGUUCUCAAAAUCAGAGAUACCAAAAAGCAGUCCGAACCACUGGAAAUAACCCUACUUGCCCCCGAACGUACCAGGGACAUAACAGGUCUCAGAGAGGCCACUGAAUAUGAAAUUGAACUCUAUGGAAUAAGCAGUGGAAGGCGAUCCCAGCCAAUCAGUGCUAUAGCGACAACAGCCAUGGGCUCCCCGAAGGAAAUCAUUUUCUCAGACGUCACUGAAAACUCGGCCACUGUCAGCUGGAUGGCGCCCACUGCCCAGGUGGACAAUUUCCGGAUCACCUAUGUGCCCAUUGCAGGAGGUGCACCCUCAGUGGUCAGCGUGGACGGAACCAAGACUCAGGCCAGGCUGGUGAAACUCUUACCCGGAGCAGAGUACCUUGUCAGCAUUACCGCCACGAAGGGCUUCGAGGAAAGUGAACCUGUCUCAGGAACGUUCACCACAGCUCUGGACAGCCCAUCUGGCCUGGUGACAGCCAACAUCACCGACUCACAGGCCUUGGCCAUGUGGCAGCCGGCCAUCGCCCCCGUGGACAGCUAUGUCAUCUCCUACACAGGGGAGAGAGUGCCAGAAAUUACAAGGACAGUGUCCGGGAACACGGUCGAGUACGUGCUGACGGACCUCGAGCCUGCCACGGAAUACAUGCUGAGGAUCUUUGCAGAGAAAGGGCCCCAGAAGAGCCCAACCAUCAGUACCAAGUUCACAACAGACCUCGAUUCUCCUAGAGACUUGACUGCUAGUGAGGUUCAGUCGGAAACUGCCCUCCUCAACUGGCGACCACCCCAGGCAUCUGUCACCGGUUACCUGUUGGUGUAUGAGUCCGUGGAUGGUACAGUCAAGGAAGUUAUUGUAGGUCCAGACACCACCUCCUACAUCCUGACAGAGCUGAGCCCAUCCACUCACUACACGGCCAAGAUCCAGGCAUUGAAUGGGCCCCUGAGGAGCAAGCUGGUCCAGACCAUCUUCACCACAAUUGGACUCCUGUACCCAUUCCCCAGGGACUGCUCCCAAGCAAUGUUGAAUGGAGACACGACCUCUGGCCUCUACACCAUUUAUCUGAACGGCGAUAAGGCCCAGGCUCUGGAAGUAUUCUGUGACAUGACCUCAGACGGGGGUGGAUGGAUCGUGUUCCUGAGACGCAAAAAUGGACGUGAGGAUUUCUACCGAAACUGGAAAGCCUAUGCUGCUGGGUUUGGGGACCGCAGAGAGGAAUUCUGGCUUGGGCUGGACAACCUGAACAAAAUCACAUCCCAAGGGCAGUACGAGCUCCGUGUGGACCUGCGGGACCAUGGGAAGACGGCAUACGCCGUCUACGACAGGUUCAGCGUGGGAGACGCCAAGACUCGCUAUAAGCUGAAGGUGGAGGGGUACAGCGGGACGGCAGGUGACUCAAUGGCCUACCACAACGGCAGGUCCUUCUCCACCUUCGACAAGGACACGGACUCAGCCAUCACCAACUGUGCUCUGUCCUACAAGGGGGCCUUCUGGUACAAGAACUGUCACCGUGUCAACUUGAUGGGGAGAUAUGGAGACAACAACCACAGUCAGGGUGUUAAUUGGUUCCACUGGAAGGGCCACGAAUAUUCAAUUCAGUUUGCUGAGAUGAAGGUGAGACCCAGCAACUUCCGAAAUCUCGAAGGCAGGCGCAAACGGGCAUAAAUUCCAGGGACAACUGGGUGAGAGAGGAGUAGGGCCCAGAGAAAGAAAAUAAUUUUACCAAAGUAUCAAUACGACCCAUGCAACCAUCAAGCCACAGCUGGGCAUUUGGCGGGAGUUGGCAUUGACCAUGGAUCAGCGAGGCUGAUGGCGGCAGCACUGGCGUCCCCGCUCUGCGAUCCCUUCCUUCGCACCAAAGACAACGGUCUCCAACAGAUUUCUGUUUUGUUGUUUGAAUCAGCAAAACUCUUCCAGUGACAGUCUCACGAUGGUUUUUCCUUCUCUUGGGUGGCUCUGGGAAUGGGGGAGGGGUAGGCUAUACAGUGGUAGUUUGUUUUAGAACCAGCUGUAUUUUACACAAAGCUGUAUAAUUAAUUAUCAUUAUUUUUGUUACCAAUGAUUCAAUGUGUGUCAUUGGAAGCCGUCCCCUCCUUUUUUUUACAUUUCAUACAAUGGAAACCAGAAAAGCAAUACCGUUUCGAUUUUAAGGAUAAAAUUAAUAUUAUUAAUAUAAUAAUGGUGAUGAAAACUAAGGAUUUUUUAAAGAGAUCUUCCUUUCCAAAACACAUGUGGACAGUACCUGAUCUUUUUUUUUUUUUUUUUAAUAAAAGCACAAGUACUUUUAAAUUUG